GACAAGCAGGCAGGAGCUGAGAGUUUGCACUAUAUGGCUGGUCUCUUUAACCUGGGGCUGUUCUCGGUGCUCAUGCACAUCGCUCUGCCUCUCGAUUUCCAGCAUCACCGUUAUAAUGAGUUGGUUAAGGCGCUGCUCGGGGUGCAGAGGGACUGUCCCUUUAUCAGCCACCUCUACAGCAUCGGCCGCAGCGCCCAGGGUCGGCACCUCUACGUCCUGGAGCUGAGCGACAACCCCGGCCUCCAUGAGCUGAUGGAACCGGAGUUUAAGUACGUUGGCAAUAUGCAUGGUAACGAGGUGCUCGGGCGUGAGCUGCUGAUCCAGUUAGCACAGUACCUGUGUGAGGAGUACAACCUCAGGAACCCACGCAUCACCCACCUCAUCCACCAGACUCGCAUACACAUCCUGCCCUCCAUGAACCCUGAUGGUUAUGAGGUGGCAGCUGAUCAGGUCACAGAGGCAAACAUCUACCUGACAGGCCGUGCGAACGCACGUGGAGUGGACCUGAACCGAAACUUUCCCGAUCUUCAUGUGGCCCUCCAGAAGCAGAAGAGCAGAAACCAUCACAUGUCACUCGCCCCCAACUGGCAGGAACAGGCCGAGCAGGAGACCUACGCUGUCAUUCGCUGGCUGCAAAGUUACAACUUUGUCCUGUCUGCCAACAUGCAUGGAGGAGCUGUGGUGGCAAAUUACCCGUUUGACAAGGCCCAGCAACCCUUCGGCCGAGGCCCACACAGAACAGCCAUCUCUGUCACACCUGACCACAAACUCUUUCAGAAGCUUGCUAAAGUCUACUCCUAUUCUCAUGGGUGGAUGCAUAGCGGGGCCAACUGCGGAGACUAUUUUCCUGAGGGGAUCACAAAUGGUGCCAGUUGGUAUUCGCUUUCGAGAGGGAUGCAGGACUUCAACUAUCUACACACCAACUGUUUUGAAAUCACACUGGAACUGAGCUGCAAGAAAUUCCCACCAGAGAGCGAGCUUCAGAGAGAGUGGUAUGGAAAUCGAGAGGCACUGCUGACCUUCAUCGAGGAGGUUCACAAGGGGAUUAAGGGGAUGGUCUUGGAUGAAAAUAACAAUGGAAUUUCCAAGGCUACCAUUUCAGUUUUUGGAAUCAACCAUGAUGUUACCCCAGGUGUUGGUGGGGACUAUUUCCGUCUAUUGUUGCCGGGCAAGUACGUGGUCACAGCAUCGGCGCCCGGUUACCAGAAUCAAGCCAUUCUUGUCGAUGUUGGUGCCGAUGAACCGACACGGGUGGACUUCCAUUUGGUGCCAAAAGCGGUUGCGCCCAGCACCGGUAUGCCCACCAUCUCGCUGCCGCCGGUCACCACCAGCAGAGCUCCCCUUCGCAGAGUGGGCCCACAGUCGACCUGGGAGGGAUCCCCGAUGUCGAGGAAACACCGGCGUCCACGACGCCGUCUCCGAGGGCACUGAACCCCAGUCCUCCCCC